GUUAAGACAUAAUACUUCAUCUCAGUGAGCAUACAUACAUACAGUACAUGCAUACAUACGGUACUUGGAAGAGUCUAUUCAUCUUACGUUGAUGGUUGGAAGUUUUAUCAAAAGUCUAGUGGACGCACACAUUUAGGUCAACAAAGAAAAUGAACUCAUUAAUUAUUUUAUUAUUAAUCUUGAACUUACAUGUAUCAUCUAGUAGUAGUAGCAUUACUGUAGAAAUCCUCUAAAACAGCUAUUGAGCCCUAAAAUAAACAUAAGUUUUUUUCUUGGCAUCUAAAGGUCUACAUAGAUGUUCUUGGUCUGAUGGAUUGAUGUAUAUGAACGAGUGACAUGUCAUUCGAAAACUUGCAGUCAAGAUACGAGAAUCCGCUUCCAACAAAAAAAAAUCGGUAUCGGAAAUUCUUUCUCCUGUUUUUACAUGGUAUCUGAUCGGAUACCAAAAUUUGCAGUAUCGUCCACCCCUAGUAUCAACCCUUGAUGCGACGGCCAAGCAAACACGCACACUCCGGGUACACAUGAACGUUUUCGUAUAAUUUACGUACUUUUAAACAAUGUUAAGUAAAAAAGCAAAAUGAUAUCGAAUGUAAAGGUUCGGGAAUUGAGUAUGAUAACGAGUUUCAAAUCUACAUCAUGAUAUGGUGCAUUCAUAUCCAACUUGUUUUUUCCGACUGUCUUUAAUGCAGCCUACGUACAGUAUGACCAGCAGGAGGAGUCGCGGACAGCAGUUUGCUGAAUGGAAGCAGUAGACUGCACACACUCACACAGUUGUAUGAGUAGUGUUAGUGUAGGCGUUGGCAGUGGCGGUUGUUAUAACGACAGCACACUGUGAGAGCACAUGUGUCACAGUGUGGCUGAGGACUCGCGCAGUUUCUCCACCGAGCUGUCCACUGGCAAGCAGCAUGCAGGGUACAACUCCCCUCUGUUCCCAUAAGAGGAGCUAGAAGCAGCCUGAUUCUGUCAUCUUUCCCUGCUGACGUCAUUCCAACAUGACCAGCACAACUUCUAAAGAUUCAGAACCGGGGGCGUGUGCAAGCCUGGACCCCCGGCAUGGUCCUGAUGUCUUCUGCAAGUUGUGCCUCUGCAAGCAUGCACCUGCGCUCACCAGAACACUGCACAGCUGCAAGUGCAUCUUCUGUACAGCUUGUCUGCAGCAGUAUGUUGAGCUGGCAAUCAAGGAGGGUGGAGGGGCACCUAUCACCUGUCCAGAUAUGGAUUGCAAACACAUUGGCAUGUUACUGGACACGGAGAUAGACGACUUGGCCUCUGCGAAUUGUGCAAAGCUGUAUCAGCGUUUAAAAUUUGAGAGAGGGGUGAACCUGGACCCAAGUAAAACCUGGUGUCCGGUGCUCGAAUGCCAGGCUGCGUGCAGUGUGCAGCUGAGUUCUGAAGGCCAGCCCGCCGCUGUACCCUGUCCCACUUGUCACACCAUCUUCUGUUCCGACUGCGGGGGACCGUGGCAAGGUGGCCACACCUGUUCCGAGCUCCAGCCCAUGAUGCCGCACUCUGAUGAAAGCAGGGGCCACAGUGACAGCGACUCUGAGCAGCCUAUCAAACAGUGUCCAAAGUGUGGCAUCUACAUCGAGAGGAACCAGGGCUGUGCACAGAUGGUGUGCAAAUGCUGCAAGCACACAUUCUGUUGGUACUGUCUGCACAACCUGGACGGUGACAUUUUCCUCAGGCAUUACGAUAAGGGGCCAUGCAGAAACAAACUCGGCCACUCCAGGGCCGUGCUAAUGUGGGACCGAACAAAGGUGGUGGGGAUCCUGGUGGGGGUUACCAUUGUGGUUCUGAUAACCUCUCCGCUCCUCCUGCUGGCCUCCCCGUGCUUCCUGUGCUGCAUGUGCAAGACCUGUGGGGGGAAGAAGAAAAAGAAGAAGGACCUCAGCCAGCCAGACUCCACCACAUCAUAGCAGCUAUCCUGUGAUGAAGCCCUACUCACAAUCGCUUCAGCAGUGGACUCCAUGCAGAUGGACUCCAUCACCUAGAAGAAGCUGUAUGCUGGACAAUAAAUUGCGGUCCUUGACAGUAAUGCCAACAACACGUAGAUAUAAUCAGUAACAUAGUUUGGUGUGCUUGAAUGGUGGCGGUAAAUGGAUUGGGGUGGUUCCCUCACACCUACACUUCAAUACUUCCUAUUCUGUGCCAAAUGAGAGACAUUAGUCAAGUGCCUAAGUCUUGUCAAGUGCCUGCUGAUGGGUUGCGUUUUGUUUAUUCAAUUAAUUUAGCAUUAAGACAAUUGAUAGCGGAGUUAUACAGAAUUGUUCAAAAUCUGUCAAGGUACUUUAAUGAUGCAAGGGGGUAUACUAUCAUUUGUGUGUUGUAUUCUGUGGAUGAAACAUGAUAGGGGUUCAGUAGUGCACACACAUACAGUAUGUUUCACUGAAAAUAGAUUAUUUUUGUUUCCAUGCAUUUUAAGUUCCAGACUCGAAAAGGUUUUCUAAAAUGUGUUCAUUAUGUAUUUAUUUGCGACCAGUCCAGGGUGUACCCCGUGUCUCGCCCAAAAGUCAGCUGGGAUAGGCUCCAGCAUAUCCCCACGAGCUUAGUGAGGACAAGCGGCAUAGAACAUGGAUGGCUGUAUUUAUUUGUUGUAUGUCAUAUCUUAAGUACAAUUUCUUUUGAUGUCUCUUGAGUCAAAUAUUUUCUAAAAGUGCCAUUGUUACUGAAAUAAACAUACUGUACUGAA